UUUAUUCAUUUCAGACUUAAUAUAAUUCAUGGAAAAAAUUUUAUGCAUCGUGAUUUUCAUAGUGGAAAUAUAUUAUUAUCAACAUAUGAAAUAUGGCUAAUUUGUGAUUUAGGACUAUCACAACCCGCAAAUAAUUCAUUAUCUAAUAACGAAAUAUAUGGAGUAAUACCUUACAUUGCACCAGAAAUGUUUAGAGGUAGCACAUUUUCAAAAGAAUCCGAUAUUUAUAGUUUAGGCAUGAUUAUGUGGGAAUUAACAACAGGUAAUAAACCUUUUGCUGAUGUUGAGCACGACAUUAAUCUCAUUUAUAAAAUUAUUGAUGGAAAACGACCUGAAAUUACAAAUGAUACUCCUGAAUGUUAUGCUAAUUUAAUGAAAAGAUGCUGGAAUUCUGAUCCUUCAAAAAGGCCCUCAAUAACUGAAGUUACAAAAGUUCUU